AUGUGUAUUCUACUUGCUGCUCAAAAACUUUCUCCAGAUGUUUUGAAAAAGUUUGAGAAUAUCAGUUUGAAUCGUAUGACAGUGCAACGUCGUAUUGUUGAUUUGUCGGGUGAUAUAGUAGACCAGUUGAAGGAGAAAAUAAUUGAGUUAGAUUUGGACAAGUUAGUAGGAAUAUCAACUGAUGGGGCUCCUGCAAUGAUAGGCAAGCAGAAUGGAUUGUUGCAGCUAUUGAUUAAACACCUUGGAGAGCGAAAAUAUGAACUGAAACAAUUUCAUUGCAUAAUACAUCAACAAAUUUUGUGUGGAAAAGAACUGGACUUUGAUCAUGUAAUGAAAGUUGUAGUUUCUACAGUCUAUUUUAUCAAUUCACGCUCAGCUUUGCAUCACCGGCUAUACAAGCAAUUUCUUGAUGAAAUUGAAGCAGAAUAUGGCGAUUUAGUGUUUUUCACUCAAGUAAGGUGGUUAAGCAGGGGAAAUACGCUGAAAAGAUUUAUCAGUCUUCUGGAUGAAAUUGAGAUAUUUCUUAAUGAAAAGAAUAAGAUGGUACCAGAACUUACAAAUGCUGACUGGCUUUGUGAUUUGUCAUUUCUUGUAGAUCUCACAAGUCAUUUAAAUAACUUGAAUCAUAAACUUCAGGGGAAUAACCAACUUAUUUCUCAGCUAGCCAAUUAUGUGACAGCUUUCGAACAAAAACUAAAAUUGCUUCAGUUACGGAUAGUUAAAGGAGAGUUAAGACACUUCCCAAAUUAG